CCAGCCCGUCCGCCCGCGGCACGUGCGGGCGCCCCCUGGCGGUUCGCGCGGACAGAAGCACGUGCGGCUGCAAGCCGGAGCAAAGCGACGCGCUUCCUUCCCUUCCCGCCGCAGCCUCAGCCUCAGCCCCGCGGCCACCAUGAGUCAGGCUCGCGGAGAACAAGGAGCGCGCGGAGCUUAGCGCAAAGCGCUUGGCAAAGGGAAGGGCGGAAGUGCAGGCGAUUAGCCGGGGAGCGCACCACAUCCUGCCUCUCUCUCAGCCCUUUGAACUCCUGGAUAGGCCGUAAUUAGGAGGGCUCAGCCGGUGCCCUACCUGCUUGCUCCAGCUCUUGAAGCCUUGUUUUGAAGUGUUGAUCCAACAGAUUUGAAGAGCUUUGCUGAAGCUUGUGUGGGCUGAAGAGAAAGGAAACAAGGUGAGAGCGGGAGGCGGCGAUGGGAAGGAGAGCGAGCUUAGGUAUAAAUAGCCCCGCAGUCCUGUCCACGGCUCCGCAAGUCUCUCUCUCACGGUCAGUCUCUUGCAAAGACUGCCUCGCUCGGCUUCAACGCUCCAGCACCACUUAACUAACAGCCAGAGCUGCAGCACCCCUUGGGCACAGGUUUGCCUGUCUGAAGGAUGGACGCAGUCUGGCUGCUGGCACUCAGCUGCAUCUGUUCCCCGCUGGUAGCCCUGGUCCUGGACUCCAACACCAUCAAGAGCGCUGCAGAAGUGCACGGCCCCAAGACGAGCUCACCAUGCAUGACAGACAAAGACUGCAAUGCAAGCAAAUUCUGUCUCACUCCUCAGGAUGGCAUGCCUUUCUGCUCUACCUGCCUUGGGUUACGGAGAAGAUGCCAGCGCAGUGCUAUGUGCUGCCCAGGGUCUAUUUGUCUAAAUGACAUUUGCAGCCGGGCUGAAGAAGUUAACCGAACGGAGGGAAGGAGGACUGAUGAGCAGGAUGGUUCUGAGCUGGAGUGGACAACCCAGCAUCAGAGCCAAGAAAACUCUUCCAAGAAAGUAAAUGUCACCUCUCAACAUAGCAAAGGUCAAGAGGGAGACAGCUGCCUCCGGACAUCAGACUGCACCACAGGGCUUUGCUGCGCUCGCCAUUUCUGGACCAAGAUCUGCAAGCCAGUUCUCCACGAGGGGCAGGUCUGCUCUCGACGGGGACACAAAGAUGUUGCUCAAGGGCCAGAAAUCUUCCAGCGCUGCGACUGUAGCCCUGGCCUGACUUGCCGUGUGCUGCUCGCUGGGAUUCCCCAACGAUCACGCUUAAGUGUUUGCCAGAAAAGCUAAAUUACCAUUAAAAUGCUCAAAGCCAGAGGAGAGAGGAGGAGGGACUCACCCUCUAACUCCAGAGCAACUUGUGCACUAUUCUGUAAAAUCAUCCCUAAACUUCCGCAGACAAACACUUAGAACAUUCACUUUUAAGAGGUGGGCACCCUGUUCUCUCCUCCUCCGUUUCUAUGCCCUGAGGGUCCUGCCAUACCCACCACUAAACCCUGGUGGGCUGACCUAGAGCCCAGGGACAUUUUGGGCGGAGUGGGGAAGUCCUUUGGUAAAGUUUCUGUUCCAGCAUCUGACUCCAGGUGCCAAGGUAAGGAAAUAAAAACAUCAUGUUCACCCAGA